AUGAUCACAAUGCGAUCUCUUGUUCUGUUCACUCUGUUAAGUGCAGUGGCAUGCGCCAGCAGCUCUGUUUCCUAUGACGGCUACCAAGUCUUUCGAGUGAAGACUGGGGCUGAUCGAGCCAUAGUGCAAGAGAAACUAGCAUCUGUCGAAUAUGACGAGUGGAACAGCAUCACAAAUCAGCAUAUCGACAUUGCAAUUCCACCAGGGCAGAUUGGAAAGUUCAAGUCUUUGGGACUCCAGUUUCAAACAAUGCACAAUGACUUGGGAACUUCCAUUGCAGCAGAGUCAUCCGCUGGUUCGGUCUGGAAGAGACAAGUUGAUGACCUGAGUUGGUAUGAUAGCUACCACUCUUAUGACGAUCAUAGGUCAUAUCUGGAGGCACUACACGCGUAUUUUCCCAACAAUUCAGAAAUAGUAUCGUCUGGGACAUCAUUUGAAGGCAGAGACAUCUUUGGUAUCCACUUCUGGGGAGCGGAUGGACCGGGAAAACCAGCAGUCUUGUGGCAUGGAACGGUCCACGCCAGAGAAUGGAUCGUAGCGCCGGUGGUGGAGUACCUCACGCUUCAGCUCAUUCAAGGGUACGGUGUCGAUAAUACCACAACAGGUUUUGUAGACGCAUAUGACUUUUGGGUUUUCCCUUUCGUCAACCCAGAUGGAUUUGUUUACACUCAAACAACUGAACGACUGUGGAGAAAGAAUCGCCAACCACCUCCUAUUACAACGAAUUCGACAUGCUAUGGGCGUGAUAUAAACCGGAACUGGUCAUACAAGUGGGAUGCCAACCCCUCAGGUGCUUCUACAGACCCUUGCUCCAAUACAUAUAAAGGAGUAGAGCCAGGUGAUACCCCAGAGAUUAAAGGUUUGCAGCAGCUAGUAGAUACGCUUCGGGACACAAGCGGUCUUAAGCUCUACAUCGACUGGCACAGCUACAGCCAGUAUUUCCUCGCUCCAGUUGGAUACAAUUGUACAUAUUAUAUUGACACUCUUGGCCAACAUUUGCAGCUAGCAAAGUUGGCAUCGAAUGAGAUUCGAAAAGUAGAGGGCGUUAGGUUCACUUACGGCCCGAGCUGUGUAACCCUUUAUCCGACCACAGGUGGAAGUAUCGACUACACUUACGCUAUUGGAAAAGCGGACUGGUCUUAUUUAGUUGAGUUACGUGACACUGGAAAUCAUGGUUUUGUUCUGCCGCCAGAACAGAUUCGGGGCAGUGCAGCUGAGCAGUGGGAAGGCAUGAAAGUUAUUCUCAGUCUUCUGGACGAGAUAUUCUUUGAUGGAGAAGGCCUGGCAGCAUUUUGA